AUGGCUGGUACUACAUACCCUUUGUUCUGCAUGGGCAAUCCCCUGCUUGAUAUGCAGGUCACCAACGGUGAGAAGUUGCUUGAGAAGUAUGAUUUGAAGGCAAACGAUGCUAUUCUUGCGGAAGAAAAGCACGCACCUCUGUAUGAGGAGAUUGUGAAAGAUUAUCAGAUCACCUACGUUGCUGGUGGUGCUGCCCAGAAUGCUGCUCGGGGAGCUGCAUACGUUCUGCCUCCCAACUCCGUCGUAUACACCGGAUGUGUCGGUGACGAUGAGCUUGCUGAGCAAUUGAAGGUAGCCAACAAACGUGAAGGCCUUCAAGACGCAUACCUCGUCAAGAAAGGCGAGAAGACUGGUGCCUGCGCCGUCAUUAUCACAGGACAUCACCGAUCCCUUGUCACCACUCUUCGUGUCGCAGAGAAGUACGACCAGUCGUACCUCUCGUCGCCAGAGAUUGCGCCUCUGAUUGAAGGGGCGAAGGUCUUUUACGUGGAAGGGUACUUCCUCACACACGGGACUGCUAUUGCCGUCGAGCUCGCGAAGAAGGCAUCGGAAGCUGGCAAGAUCUUCGUUAUCAACAUCUCCGCUCCCUUCAUCGCCCAAUUCUUCAAAGUCCAACUCGAACAAAUCCUCUCUCACUGUGACGUCGUCAUCUGCAACGAAUCCGAAGCGGCUGCCUGGGCCGCUGCAUCCGGCCUCCCAGAUCAGACCGAUAUCCCUGCCAUCGCCAAAUCCCUCGCCACCCUCCCCAAAUCCAACCCCUCCCGUCCCCGAACUGUCGUCAUCACUCAAGGUCCUCUGUCCACUGUCGCAGUCACGUCGAAUGAGCCUGAUGCCCCGAAGGUCUAUGAAGUGCACCCGUUGAAGGACAGUGAGAUUGUCGACACCAAUGGCGCAGGCGAUGCGUUUGCCGGUGGCUUCCUGGGGGGGUUGGUCCUCGGCAAGCCUCUGGACGAGUGUGUCAUCGCGGGUCACAAGAUGGGUGCAAUGAACGUCCAACAGGUCGGUCCCACAUACAAAUGGCCCAAGGUCUCCAUCCUGUAA